AUGGAUAGGCUUGUGAAACCAGACAGAAAUGAAGUGGAAGUUGUGUUCAUCAAGUCACAAAAGUGCAGCUCCACUUUCAAGCUCACAAACCUAAUGCACACAAUGACAGUGGCAGUGUCACUAACAACAACAAACCCAUCAAUCUUUUCAAUCAAUAAACCCUUUUCCAUAAUCCCACCACUUUCAUCAUCCAAUUACAUUCUCCAACUCACUCAUCACCACCACCCACCACUCUCCGACCCUCCUGAUGCCGUCACCGUCCGUACCGCCAUGCUUCCCGUCGGAAAGGCCCACCAUGACGACCUCCGCCGCCUCUUCUCCAAGCCUGGCCCCCACGUCUUCCGCGACGCCGUUUUGACCAUCUCCCUCGUCGGACCCACCGUCGCCGAAUUCCUCAUCACCACCCACCAUACCCAAAUCCCCGAAAGCUUCAAGCUUUUCACCAAUUCACUAUCCCAAUGCACAAAGCCCCAAGUUACGAACCUUAUAAAACCCACAAUUGAACAAAGAAACGUAGAAACCGUAGCCGUUUUGAUCAAAGCCGGCGCGAACCCUAAUUUCAGAGACUCAACGGGAAAAUCCUUAAUCCCUUACGCGAUUCGGCACGGGAAUUUCGAUAUUCUGAAGCUUCUGGUAGACUCUGGAACCCGAAUUGAAAACUCGGUUGACCUAGUUCUUCACGAAGCCGCGGCGAUGAACAGAAUCGAUUUCAUGGAGCUUCUAUUGGACUCGUUCCGUGACGAAUUGGACGUGAAUUUAGUGAAUCGUAACGGCGAAACGCCUAUUCACGAGGCUGCGAUUCACGACCACGUCGAAGCAAUCGAGUUCAGCGUUUCCAUCGGCGUAAACCCUAACGCCAUCGACAUUAACGGCUCCACGGCGCUUCACUUCGCAGCUUCUAACGGAAACUUAAACGCCGUUGAGUGUUUGUUAGAAUGCUCGAACGUGAAAUACGUUAAGAAUCGGUUCGGGAAAACGGCGUUUUCUUUAGCCGAAGAGAAUAAGCACUUUCACUUAGCCGAAACGCUGCGUUUCGGUGACUUGCUAUUCCGUGCUGCUAGGGUGGACGAUGUUCACGCGCUGAAGAGGUUGUUGGGGGAAGGCGCGUGGGUCAAUCGGAGGGACCAGAAUGGGUGGACGGCGCUGCAUUGGGCUGCGUUUAAGGGUCGGAUUAAGAGCGUGAAGGUGUUGGUUGAUCAUGGCGCGUGGGUUGACGCGGUUGAUGAUGCAGGUUACACUCCUUUACAUUGUGCUGUUGAGGCAGGGCACUUGCAAGUUGCUAUUUUGCUUAUGGGGAAGACUAGUGUACAGAUGUAA